UACUGUUUGAAUUAUUAUUGUAAGGAUGAUUUAAAAUAAGAGUCGAAAAGGUCACGAAGUGUAAUCGAAUAUAAGUGAUAACUCAGACGCUGCGUAAUGGCGAUCAUAACAGAUUACUGGGGCCUGGAUGGCAUAAUAAUUCUUGCAACUCUCGUUAUAAUCGCUUAUCUUUAUAUGACGCGCAAUUUUAAGUACUGGCAAAAACAAAGCGUUAUGGAAAUAACGCCAACACCAUUUGUGGGCAAUUUUAUGGAAUGUCUACUUCUAAAGAAAGCACCGUCAUAUUUCCUAAAAGAACUCUACGAGCGUGCGAAGGACGGACCUUAUAUAGGUUUUUACGUUUUCGACAAGCCCUACUUGUUGCUUUGCGAUCGCGAACUCAUUCAGAAUGUCAUGAUAAAAGACUUCAACGUCUUCUUCAAUCGAUACAUGUCGAACGAUCCAAAUGAUCGUGUUGGUUCCGCCAACCUCUUCAUCAUCAAAAAUCCAGCUUGGAAAAUUGUAAGGACGAAAUUGACGCCAUUCUUUACAACCAAUAAACUGAAGAAAAUGUUUUACCUAAUGAUAGAAUGCGGAAAGCAUUUAGAUGAUUAUUUGGACUCUUUGAAAUUGGAUGGCGCAGCUGGGAGUUGCUUGCUAUAUUCUUCCUGCCAGAACUAGCUCAUAUAACUAAAGUAAAGUUGUUCGGUGAAGAGACCACCUACUAUUUACGCAAAAUUUUCUGGGAGACAAUCAAUAGGCGCAUGGAGUCCGGCGAAAAGAGAUACGACCUCAUCGAUAUUCUGAUCGAGCUCAAGAAGAACAAUAAUAAUGAAGAGA